AUUUGACAGUAGAAAAUUUGAUCCGAAACGUUCGACAAGUGGCGUUCGGUGUUAAAAGUGUAAUGUGCGGUACGUGUAAACAAAAGUGUGUGGAGUUUGUGCAAAAUGUUGAGCGAAGAUGACGCACGUCUGUAAUAAAUGUUAACCUCGUUAAACAACUUUGUGGACGUCGGUUUCAAGGAGUAUUUCUGUUACCGUCCGAACGAUCAGACAUUACAACUUGCAGUUUGGUCGUUGAAAGAGAAACCGUAGCACGAGGGGUGGAGAAGGCGGUGGAGAAGGGCAGAGAGAAAGUAAUUUCGGUGGAAAAGGAAAAGGAAAAGGAAAAGAGGCAAAAUGGGAGAGAAUCAUCAUCAACAACAGCAGCAGCAGCAGCAGCAGCAGCAGCAGCAGGAGGAACAGCAGCAACAGCAGCCGGUUCUUCGUUCGAUCAACAACGUGCACAGAUCGUUUGUUAAAUUUAUUAACAAAACGCUGCACAGCGUAAUUUUGUAUUGGAUCGACUAUCAAGGUCAGGCAGUCAGCUACGGUGUAUUGGCACCUGGUGAUUGCCGCGAUAUCGACACGUUCGUCACUCAUCCGUGGAUCUUCGUAGACAAGGAGACCAGAGACAGGUAUACAGUGAAUCAGAAGGAUGUAUUCUUUCCCGAGCCAUGGUUCGUCAGGUAUCGAGGGCUAAGGCGAAGCGAGUUGCCGCAAAGAUUCGAAAGAACCAAUGUCUAUAUCAUCUUGCCUGUUUACACGCUUCGUGAGUUGUCUUUGAGAGCGAUCAAAAGGCGCCUGACUUAUGAUCGUCAAGCGUUUCAACUGGACAUUCCGAGGAGUCUUCAGCACGAACUGGCGAUCAUGUUGCCGCGAAACGACGACGAUAACGAGGAAGAUGUAGACGAGAACGAGGACGAUCAUGGUAGUCGAAAUUCUUAGCGAUCGAUCCUGAAUCUUCUUGACCAUUCACACUCAGUAAGUCAAUCACACUCGAACGAUUCUAUUGAUAUUCUCCGGGGGAUCGGAUGUAUCGAGAAGUUCGCGAGAAAAGUGACGCUAAGGAAAUUUAUCUUUCUCUGCUUUUCCAGCUUCAAAGAGAUCCUUUCCAAUCGAAUUUUUCGGUUUUUCAUGAUGCAAUAUUCAGACUGCUAUCUACUCAACGCUUCUGAAUAUUUCAGCUUUUCUUAAUACUUUAUUUCCCCAAGUAUUAUAAUUAUGUUGCUUUUCUCUCGAAUAAAUCGCGCGAUACGUGUACAUACCUGUAAAAUAUGUAUCUUAUCGUUUGAAUUUCUUCUCAAACUCGUCGAAAUUCUUGGAUAGUUUUUUAAUCCCUUUUUUCGACAGUUUAAAGGCAAUAGUAAAUUGGGAAAGGAUUUUUGAAAAACGGGUCGAAACGUGCCAUCUUUAUAUCUCAAAUAUCGUUAAUUAGCAAUCGUUCGAAAGAAUGUACAUUUUUCACAAUUUUUAUCGAGCUUCUUAAUUAUUUUCAAACAUCAUUUAUUACUUAAUUUUAAUACUCUGAUCAUAGCUGAUUAACAAAUUUAUUUAAUUAGCAAUUGUUAUAUUAUGCAAUAUGUAGAUCACACCGAUGAAAUCGGUGUUGCAAUGAAAAUAGAAUCAGUGGUAUUUUUUACACUUGAUAUUUUUGUAAUCAAUACAUACUUGCUCCGAUCGUCGACGCGUUGUUUCAUUAGAAAGUCUCAUUUAUAACAACUUAUACAGUGGCAAUCUCUUACUAGUUCGAUGUAAGUUAUUCCCAUUCCAAGUAUAUUAAUUUUAAAAUACUUUUAUUAAAGAGUAAACAUUCUUUUUUUUUGUUUUUUUUUUUAUAUUAGAACUGUUAUGAAAAUUCGAAUAUUUGACAAUUAAAUAUU